GUAGGCGUGGUUAUGGUAUAUAUUCUCUGGCGGCGAUCCAUGCCAGUAUCCAAGGUUAUCGAUCGUGCCAUUCGGGAUUGUACUGCGAUACUGUCUAUUUUUGCCGAUCGAUCACAGAAGGCGGACAUCUACCGAGACUGCAUGGAACUUCUAGCAAGCAGCAUAUCAAGAGUUUCUACCCCCGGGAAUAUCGACACAGAAACCAGACAAGAACUCAAUUUCUUGCUUGGUCAGAUUGAGGAAAACAGCCUUGCAUCGCAUGUCCAUGCCAAGUUGUCCGAAAUGUGUAGGACCAGUAUUGCGUGGAUGGAUACAUAAUCUUCGCAACUUCGGAGAAUGAAUAAGUAUGGCAAUUCCUCUCGAGCCUUCACCUUGUCGCAGG